AGAAAGUGACGAAAAAUUCCCUAUCGAUUGUUAAAAAUCGAAAUAAUCCCGAUUUAGUGGUAAAGCAUCAGAAUUCAUCUCGGGACGAUGACUUGAGAGUCAGGAAUACGUCAUUUGUCCCUCAUUUCCGGCCAAAUCGUUCCGAAAAUUGUGAAGGAUGUCUUUGCGAUCUCGAGGACGUCGUGACGAACCUCCGAAAGAUGCUGCUGAUGCGGAAUGAUUUACUAGACCGAAUAUCGACGUACUCUUGUCAGAAAUUUAUUGGAAUCGGUGAUGAGUUAGUCCUAACAUCUUCUGGAGUUCUCGGCGAUGUUCUCCCGAGGUCUCGGAGGCAAAUCGCGGAGGCCAAAGGCCUAAAAUACAUAAGACCCGGGAACCUGGAGGAUCUGCUCCGAGGGGAUGAGGUCAGGGGUCAUGAGCACGAGAUCCUAUCGUUUCCCGGAUCAGACCUAAAUAUUCCAUGCAAUCAUGAGGGCGAGGAAAUUACAUGGCUCAUGAGCAUCAGUCGACCUAACUACACAUGGACGAGGGUUGAUAGCUCUCCGAUCUCCGGAACCACGAGGAAAAAUGGAAAUCUAGAAUUAUACGACGUCGAUGCGAAAGACGCUGGAAAUUACUCCUGCAUCGUGACAUACGUUGAUCCAGACAACGAGGAACUCGUCGAGAAUAUCUACCAGCACAGCAUCCAAAUCGUAACACUUCCUCGUUACUCAUUACGAGGUGGAAAUCGUUACAACAUGGAAAUGUGUGAGGAGCUAGAGCUCGACAUUCUCUCCGUGUACUUGCCCUCCAAACUCAAUGAAAUCCUCUGCAAGAACUCAAUCUGCGACGCCUUCAUCUUCGCCCCUCACUGUCACAGCCAUCAAGUGUCCAUCAGAGUUCUCGUGGUGCCCUCAAAUCCCUCGAAAUUGUUCCCCAUUAGUUCAUCCCAGUGUGGACUCAGGUGUCGGAAAGCUAUUCAGGAUAAAAUCGCACUCUUGCUCACUCAGAAUUUACGGAUUAUUCUGAGAAAGACAAGUUGCCCAAUCGUCCCCAGGACAAACUCAUUCCCAUUGAGAGCAGAUUUAUCGAUUAUGGAAUGGGAAGGGGAAGGAGGGCUUAUGGGAGGAUGGAGAGAAGAGGUGAUGCUGAUGGAGAAGUUGGACUUCUUGUUGGGUGUCCUGCUGGAUAUGGCCUUGAUAAUAGUCACUGUGUUCCUUGUUCCCCUCAUUACCACAGUCAAGAUCUAUCAGCGAGAUGCAAGAGAUGUCCUCUGGGGACCCAUCAGCCUAGCACUGGCUCGAGGGUCUGCAGAUCUUGCACGAAUCCUUUUGUAGAUGGAUGCCAUAAUAUGUUGUGGACAACAUCAUCAGUCCUCCUCGGGGUGUUUGUUUCCUUCCUUGCGGUGAUUCUGGUGGGCCUGAUAGUCCUCUGGACCCUCUGUUG